AUGUCGGAAACUCAUCAAAAGUAUUUGCCUGUAUACGUAUUAUGCAUUUUGUUGGUAUGUUUUACCUUGUUUCAAGUUUUUGUUGGUGAGAACGCUUCAGAAAAUGAAUUGCACAGUCGGAAACUAAUCGAAGAGCGACUAGAACAGAAACAAUAUCAAGGGCUUCCGAAUGAAGUCAGCAUUGACACUGCAUCAAAUGUGCAAUGUUUUAAAGAACUUGUUGAACUCAACGAUCGAAUUACUCUGCUGGAGCAGCUCAACUUUGAUAAACUUGGACCGGCCGAUUAUGCUUCAAGUAUUUUCGGUGGUGAAGUUGUGUCGGUAGCUACAUCGUCGAGACAUCAAAAUUCGAUAAUGAGUAGAGUAAGCUCGAUGCUAUCUUCCGUAAGCGACAACUAUAGUCAGAUGCAAUGCAUUAUACAGGACUGUGGUACCUGUUAUGCGUUGGAAGGAAGCUCGGGAACGAUAGUGCUAAAGCUGGCAAAGAAUGUACAUUUGAACGCCAUUACAAUAGAACACAUUCCGAAAUCAUCAUUACCGAUCAAAACGGAUGUUUAUAGCGCCUUAAAAGAAUUUUCAGUUUGGGGUUCACACAAUUCAGGCAGCACGAAAAAGGAGAUUUAUUUUGGAACGUUCACUUUCGAUUAUAUGACUACGUUUUUGGAAACGUUUGAAUUCGAUUUGGACCGUAGCGUAUCGAUCGUUCGUUUCGUACGAAUUGAUAUUCAUUCGAACUAUGGUGAAAAAUACACUUGCAUCUAUAGGAUUCGUAUUCAUGGAACACCCGAAUAACAAUCCGCUUA